AUGGCACCUCAUUUGACAGAGGACAUUGAUUUUCCCAGCGAAGUAUCAGUUGGGCUUCCUAGCGGUGAGAAGAUAUUUCCCUGUUCAGACAACAGAACGCUUGCCCUGGACGAGGACAAGCUGGAACCGAUAGCAAUUGUGGGCUUCUGCUUUCGGUUCCCAGACGAUGCUGUCAACUCCAGUGGUUUCUGGAGCAUGAUGAUGGAAAAAAGAUGUGCCAUGACCGAAUCUCCAAAGGAUCGUAUCAGCGUGUCUGGCUGGCACCACCCGAACAGUAGACGGCGAGGACAGUACCCGUCCCGGGGGGCGCAUUAUCUUAAGGAAGAUGUAUCGUUGUUUGAUGCCCCAUUCUUCUCUUUAUCAGCCGAUGAAGCAGCGGCCUUAGACCCGCAGCAGCGACACUUGCUGGAGGUAACCUACGGGGCAUUGGAGAAUGCGGGAAUACCGAUGGAAAAGGCAGUCGGAUCCCAGACCUCCGUGCACAUAGGCUGCAUGAACAGCGACUAUCGGUUAAUGGCCUGCAAGGAUGUCGAGAUGACUGCAGACUACGAUGUAGUCGGUGUAAACAUGUGUAUGAACGCCAAUAGAAUCAGCUGGUUUUUUGAUUUCCAUGGCACCAGCAUCGAUAUUGAUACAGCCUGUUCGAGCAGCUUGGUGGCAAUGGAUUUGGCGUGCCAAAGCCUGCGAAACGGGGAAACAGAGAUGGGCAUAGUGUCGGGCACGAACCUUAUCCUGUCCGCCGACAUGAUGCAGGUGUUCUCCAACGUGAACAUGCUAUCCCCUGAUUCUAAAUGCCACAGUUUCGACCAUCGUGCAAAUGGUUAUGGGCGUGGUGAGGGAACUGCUACCUUGGUGAUCAAGCGCCUUGCGGAUGCGAUUCGAGAUGGAGACACGAUUCGUGCAGUCAUCCGUUCAACCGGGUCCAACUCGGAUGGUCUUACGCCCUCAGGCAUUAUGCAACCUAACAGUUCGGCUCAGGCCCAAUUGAUACGGAACACAUAUCAAAAGGCUGGAUUGAGUAUGAAGCCCACACGCUUCUUUGAGGCCCAUGGAACAGGUACCCCGGUGGGAGAUCCGAUUGAGUGCAAUGCAUUGGGAGAGGCUUUCCGGGGCCAUAGAACAACAAACGAUCCGCUGAUUGUGGGCUCUGUGAAAUCUAAUAUCGGACACCUGGAGGGUGCAAGUGGCGUUGCUGCUCUCAUUAAAACUAUUCUCAUCUUAGAGAGUGGCUUAAUCCCUCCAAAUACGAACUUUGAGAAAUUGAACCCGAAGAUCGAUCUGGAAUUUCUGAGGCUGAAACUUCCUUUAGAAGCUAUGCCAUGGCCAGCAAUUGGUUUACGGCGAGCAUCUGUUAAUUCUUUUGGUUUCGGUGGGUCAAAUGCCCAUGUGGUGCUGGAUGACGCGUUUCAUUUCCUACGUGAUCAUGGCCUUGUCGGGAACAAUGUCACAAACGAGUUCCCUCCAAUGCUGGCGGCAGCAAAUGGCCCUCAUAACGUUCCGGAAACGCUUGUAUCCUCGGCCCCAGAACCGAUUCUUGAAUCACCCAAGCUUUUGGUGAUCUCCUCGUCAAGGAAGACAGGGGUAAAAGAUGUGGCCCUUUCAUAUAAGACACACUUUGAAGGGCUUGUCUUCUCACCAGGAACAUUUUUGGAGUAUAUGGAGAAUCUAGCUCACACUCUGAACAUGCGUAGGAGUGCACUUACUUACAAGAGCUUCUGUGUUGCGUCGAGCCCUUUAGACCUGUGUAGUGUGGAUAAGAAGACAUCAUCUGUCUACCAGGCUCUCGAUAACCCAGUCUUAGGUUUCGUUUUCACAGGCCAAGGUUCUCAGUGGGCAGGAAUGGGACGUGAGCUACUCCACUACCCCGUAUUUCGCAAUACCAUUGAAGAGUGCGAGGUAGUUCUUUGUGGUUUUGGGUGCCCUUGGUCCCUACGCGAUGAGAUAUUGAACGAUAGCCAUUCGACUAGAAUAAAUGAGCCUGAAGUCGCCCAGCCCGCAAAUACCGCACUUCAGAUCGCAUUGGUUGAAUUACUGCAUGGCGUUGGCGUUCAGCCUGCAGCCGUGAUUGGACAUUCUUCUGGGGAAAUCGCAGCUGCAUACGCUCUCGGCGCUCUGUCCAUUAACGAUGCGAUGAAGAUCGCAUACUACCGCGGCGUAUGUGCGGUGAAGCUCGCAAGAAUAAACCAGCGGUCAGGUGCAAUGAUCGCUGUUGGCCUGUCUGAAGCCGAUACGCGGGCGUACAUGGAGAGGGUUUGGGACGUCCACAAUCAUCGCGGGAUUGACGUUGCCUGUAUCAAUAGCCAGAAGAGUGUGACGGUAUCGGGUGAUGCGGACCAGGUGGAAAUCCUCGGGCGUCUGUUGGAGGCAGACAACGUCUUUGCACGCAAGUUAAAGAUUCCGGUUGCCUACCAUUCAUCACAUAUGAAACGUGUCGCAGCAUUUUAUGAGAAGUGCAUGACAGGAUUGUGCAGAGAUUCGGUUGCGGAUACCGGAAUUGGCGUUAUGAUUUCAUCCGUAACAGGCCAGAGAGUGCAAGCUGCAGAACUGCGUUCCCCACACUAUUGGGUUUCCAACCUCGUUUCGUCCGUGAAGUUUAUGGACUCAUUCUUUGCCAUAUGUACAAAGUCGGGACGGAGAAUUCGGAAGAAGCUCGACGGCAGUCAUCGCGCGCAGUUGGGGGUGAAUAUUCUUCUUGAAGUUGGGCCACAUGCUACCCUCCAAGGGCCUAUUCGAGACAUGCUGGACAGCCUCCCAUGGGGCCGUGACGUUAGCUACUUUCCGGUCAUCCGACGAAAGGAGAGCGCAGCCUAUACUUUCCUCUCCGCCCUUGGGCAUAUUCAUUGCCUGGGUAGCCCGGUCAAUAUGGACAGGGUGAACAGGCUUACUGGCUCAGUCCGGAAGCGUUAUCAUGUGCUCACCGAUCUACCUCAAUACCCCUUCGACCACUCGACCUCCUACUGGCGCGAAAGCCGCUUGAGCAAAAGAAGUCGCCUGGUUAAUCGAGGCCGACAUGACCUUCUUGGGAAACCAGUAACAGACUGGAAUCCCUUGGAGGCUCGAUGGCGCCAUCAUAUACGGCUUUCAGAGAUGCCCUGGGUGGAGGAUCAUAUCAUUAAUGGCGCUCUCAUCUAUCCCGCAGCUGGCAUGCUUGUUAUGGCAAUCGAGGCUGCUGAUCAGAUCGCCGAUCCCAUUCGCCCAGUUUUUGGUUUUCAGCUCAAAGAUGUCAAGUUCCAGCGUGCUAUAGUGGUACCUAGAACAGCCGAUGGAAUCGAGACUAACUUGCUGUUGCGCACAAUGUUAGAGGGCGGCGACAUCGCCUCGUGGAUGGAGUUUAGACUCUGUUCAUAUGAAAAUGAGGAGUGGCAAGAAAAUUGUCAUGGGUACAUCAAGAUCGAUCAUGGGUCUACAGACGAGCUUACGGAACAGGGUCAAGACCUGGAAGAUUGGUUGCAGCAGGAUAACGAAACUGCUAAAGCCUGUACGAUUGAGAUGGACCACGCUCGCUUAUACGAACGUUUGCAAAAGUGUGGAUAUGAAUUUGGGCCUGAAUUCCAAACGGUGCUAAGUGGAAAAUGCAAUAAGGAACAUCAGGCAACGGCCUCAAUCAAGGUUUUCCAGUGGCCUGCUAAUCAAUACCCCCAGGCUCAUGUCAUCCAUCCUACGACCUUGGAUGGUAUUUUACAUCUGAGCUCUGCUGCCAUUGCAGCGAGUGACAUGUCUACUAAAUCUCCCACCGCAAUACCAACAGGAAUUCGCUCCCUCUGGGUAGCCAAGCAGGGCUUGAGCGGGCCGUCGAUCGUCACUCUCCAUGCUUCAACCUGGAAGAAAGCAAUGCACAGUCGUGGAUAUGAAUUCGACGUGAGUGCUACAGACGAGCAACGAACACACCUUCUUGCCCAGGUACGCGGUCUUCAGUCCACUAUCGUGGCUGACAGCACGAGAGAUGCCUCAAAGGAUACAGAGGCCAAGACGACCGCGUAUCAUAUUAGUCGCGUGCCAGACCUAGAUUUCUUGAGCACUGAGCGACUGGCCAAAUACUGCGAACAAGCACUACCUCAGGAGCCAGAGCCGGUCGGCUUUUUCAAGGAACUAAAUUUCGUUCUGUACAAGUUCCUCGACGAUGCGGUAAAAGACCUCAACGGAGACGCCGCUAACGACGAUGGCAUCCAACCUCACAUCCGUCGAUAUACUGAGUGGGCCAGACAGCAGCGGACCAAAUAUCACUCAGGUAGACUUCCACUAAGUCAGGAUAGGUGGGCUGAUUACUUGCAAAACCCGGAAUACUUUGAGGAGGCAUGUCAGAGAGUCGCCUCUGCAAAUGAUCUGGGGUAUGCCUUUGUCCACACCGGGCGUAAUUUGGUUAGCAUAAUUCGUGGAGAACAGAACUCCCUACAGUUCCUUUUCACAGGCGAUAUGAUGGAGGCUUGGUACAAUGAGGUCAAUAAUCGAGCUGGUUGUCUCAGCACAUGGGGGUUGUACCUCAAGACACUAGCAAAGAAGAAUCCCACUAUGCGGAUUCUGGAAAUAGGAGCCGGAACUGGAGGAUCAACAGGUCACAUAUUGAAUACACUUUCUGUCGACUGCGAUGAUGGCAACCCGCUUUAUAUGUCUUAUGAUUAUACUGAUAUAUCUCCAGCCUUUUUUGAGCGGGCAGCGGAGCGCUUUGCCAGGUUCCCACGUAUAAGCUUCAAGAAUCUUGACAUUAAUGAAGACCCAGUCAUGCAGGGCUUCCAGCUUGAAUCAUACGACCUAAUUGUCGCAGCCAACGUACUACACGCAACGCCGAACAUUAAGGCGACCAUGCAGAACGUACGCAAACUUCUCAAGCCUAAUGGUAAAGCGAUGCUGUACGAGAUCACCAGACCUGAAAUCAUUCGGUCCGGCUUUAUCGCUGGUUUAAUGGAGGGUUGGUGGGCUGGUGUAGAGAACGGUAGACCAUGGAGCCCAGCGCUGACGGUGACUCAGUGGGAUUCACUGCUGAAAGAAACCGGCUUUACUGGUGUGGAUAUCGAAUUUCCCGAUUUCGUCAGCUCAGAAUGUCAGGAGAUGGCAAUCCUGGUUGCGAGUGCCUCAGAGGACACGAUUGAUUAUCAUAUGACCGGUUCUGCAGCUAAACUAGUACCCAAAUCCUUCUCCUUUGUCAUCGACCCCACUUCCACCAGACAAAAAGCAACUUGCCGAAAGGCAGGUCAAGAACUACAACGUGUAUACCCUGAAUCAGCGGUUCACUGCUGUAGCCUCAAGGAUUGUGCUUCUUUGCCAGCCCUCUCGGAGGUGACGCUCGUCUUCGUCCAGGAAACCGAGACACCACUUCUGAGCGACAUGGACAGAGAGACAUUCUCACAAAUUCAUCAUCUGGUUAAUCAAUGUAGUUCUAUUCUCUGGGUCACCGCAGGUGGUGGACGUCGACCAACGAAGCCCGAAUAUGCCAUCGUUGAUGGAUGGGCUCGCACGCUCCGGAAUGAAAAGGUCAGCCGACGGUUCUGUACCUUGGCCCUAGACAUUGACCAAGAGGUCCAGUCUCACCAAAUUGAAUAUAUUGUACGAGUUAUUGAGAAGGGCCUCUUGAAGCAGGCUGGGCCAUAUGAGCCGGAAUUCGUGGAGUUAGACAGAAUGCUGCACAUUCUGCGGGCUGAGCCCACGAAGCAGUUAACGAAUGAUAUUUAUGCAGCCUCCCUACCGAAGCAGUCGAGUGUCAAGCUUUUGAGUGAAGCGGGACCCGUUCAGCUGGCAGUUAGAACUCCUGGUCUGCUUUCAUCGCUGCAUUGGGCUGACGACGACGACGCUUUCCAACCACUGCAGCCAGAUGAAGUUGAGAUUGACACCAAGGCAGUCGGAGUCAACUUCAGAGACGUACUAGUUGCACUGGGUAGAGAUCUCGAAACUUCCCUAGGUCAGGAAUGUGCUGGAGUGGUGAGGCAGGCUGGUGAUCUCUCCGGUUUUCUUCCCGGCGAUCCGGUACUUGUCUUCGGCCCUGGACAAUUCAAAACCAGAGCUAGGGCCAGACAAAGUGCUGUUUGCCGAGUUCCGGAGGGUAUAUCCUUUACUCAUGCAGCUGGCGUGCCGGCAACAUUUGGCACAGCGUGGCACAUCCUUGUCGGCAUUAGCCGUCUUCAGUCUAGCCAGAGUGUUCUUGUUCACGCUGGGGCGGGUGGUAUAGGUCAAGCAGCAAUUCAACUGGCGCAGUAUAUCGGUGCUGAGGUUUAUGCUACAGUGAGCACGCGGGAAAAGAAACAAUUACUUAUAGACAAGUAUGAUAUCCCAGCGAAUCAUAUCUUCUACAGCCGCGAUACCAGCUUUAUCCACGGUGUCAUGAAAAUGACCAAUCGCCACGGAGUCAGUGUGGUAGUAAACAUAUUGGGUGGAGAGAUUCUACAAGCUUCAUGGGACUGUGUGGCGUCUUACGGUCAUUUGAUUCAUAUUGGCGGCCUAUCCAACGGCAGAUUUUCUCUAGCACAGACAGGCCGACAAGCCUCUUUCACCCAUUUUGAUAGCGCACUGUGGAUGCGUGAUAGGCCAGAAAUCGCCAAGAGGACUAUUGAGACAGUCCUGAAUCUUCUAGCUGAAGGCCAGCUUCGCGUUCAAUCCCCUUACAGGGUCGAAGUUGCAAGUUCGAUGGAAAAUAUAUUCAACCCAAUGCAGGAUGGAACUGCCAUGGGUAAAACUGUCAUUGAUCUUACUCCAGAGGUCAAAGUUCCCACUGUUUUGGAGACCCAGGUCCUGUCCAAGCUCAAUCCUGACGCGACCUACGUUAUUGCUGGCGGCCUUGGCGGAUUGGGUCGGACUAUAGCACGAUGGAUGGUUGACAGAGGGGCUCGCAAUUUGGUUCUUCUAGGUCGGUCGGGGGCCAAAACAACUGCUGCAUUUGAACUCAUUGAUGAACUAUCUGCAAAGUGCGUGUAUGUUCAUGCUGCCCCAUGCGAUGUGAUAGACACGGAAUCCGUGAGGCAAGUUAUACAAAGGGUAUCGCAGACAAUGCCCCCGAUAAAGGGUUGCGUGCAGGGAUCCAUGGUCCUACGCGAUUCAAUGUUCAGCGACAUGGCCUAUGAUGAUUGGCGACUGGCUGUUGAAUGCAAGGCCCUUGGAUCCUGGAAUCUGGAAAUGAAUCUUCCUAGGGACCUGGACUUCUUUGUCAUGCUGUCCUCCGCCAGUAAUAUUAUUGGACUCACCGGUCAGUCCAAUUACGCUGCGGGGAAUUCGUAUAUGGAUAGCCUUGCACGCUAUCGAGUUGUUCACGGUCAGAGAGCUGUGUCCUUAGAUCUUGGGCCUAUGGUCGACGACGGUAUACUCGUAGAGACUGCCGGGUUUCUCGAUAAGGUGCUUGCAUACGGGUCACUAGCACCCGUCACCCGAGCGCAAUUAUAUAGUAUUCUGAAUCAUUAUUGCAGUCCCAAUCAACAGAGCCUAGACCCCGGCACGGCUCAACUGGUAUUCGGAAUUUCUGGCAGCAAUGGUGACCGCAACACGCUGGUUGAAAAGCCCCUCUUUAGCCGACUCAAGCUCGAGAAUAUCUCGGGUAACCCUGUCUUGCAAGGCGAAGGCUAUGAUCGGAUAGACUUCAAAAAGCUCUUCCAGGAGGCGACUUCUCUACAAGAAGCACGUCAAAUUGUGAGACGAGCUGUCAUUGACAAGAUGGUCCAUUCAUACCACCUGAUACCCGAGGAUGCGGAGGUAGAUGCCUACGCGCCUCUGCAUACAUUCCGUGUUGACUCACUUCUAGCAGUCGAACUCUGUAACUGGAUUGGAAAGGCGUUCGCGGCGGAUAUAGCGGUCAUGGAAGUCAUGGGGGGUGCGUCGUUGGUGAUGGUGGAUCUUACGGUGGCCACGAGAAGUCAACUCCCUCAUCCACAAUGGACUUGA